CUUUCAUGGACAUGCUCGAGGCAAAUAUCUGUACUGUAAUUAUUUCACUAAACUAUUUCUUGUGUCGAAGUGAUAUAAAUUGUUUCAGUUUGGAGAUUCAUUACAUAAUAUCUUGUACAUCUUGGAGUAAGAGCACCCUGCUUCACUGAAUUUAAUUAUUUGUCUCUUUCUAAUCUUUCUAAUUUGGACAUCAUGUAGUUUUAUCGGUUUUGUGCUACUUUGUCAUGCUGUUUUAGGGCCACAGUUGUCAAAAUCCAUGCAUUGUUUGUACUUGUGCUGUAUGUUGUGAUACUCGCCACAGUACAUGAACAUGUUGACAUGUUAACAUAUGUUCAUAUUAAAAAGACAGCACUUUGCAUUCUUACAGUGUACAUUAAAAAGCCCUUGUGGUGCAGUAUUUGUCUGUUAAGCCCUUAGCACACAAAAUAUACUGUUUAACUACAUGUCACACCUCACUCUUAAAAUACAGAACACCUGAAAACUCAUACACUCAUAGCAUGUUUAGCACACAUGCAUUAUACAUUUAUUGCCAUAAAUAGGCCCAUCUGUCAUACACUUGUUCCCUUCCCUCUUUUGGACACCUUAACUGGACAUUAGUUUUGUAUCCCUCAGUCAUACUAAAACAAGUGCACUGGCUAAGCUUGAAGAUAAAGCCACAUUGCAGUGUUAUUUAAAAAAUAAAAUCAUGGUCUAAUGAAGAAACAAAACAGAUUGUUGUGAAAACUGAUAGCUGUAGUGGAUGCAAAUAUUCACUGUCUACUUGUCUAGUGUGUGAGAGGUGCAAAAGGACUAGUCCAAAAGAGUAUUGUAGGACAAAGUGAAACUGGAGAAAAUGGCUGCAUGGGGAAAAUGACUGAAAUUGUGUAGGUACAAAAAACCCUCAGACCCUUUAUGUAUUAUGCAGUAUGUUUAUGGAAUGGGAGAUUGUGGUCAUUGAGGAAUUUUCUUGGCAGAAUGUCCACAGCCACCCAUCCAUGCACAUGAAAGCUUAAGUGUCACUAAUAUCAGAUUAAGCCCACACCUCUCGCUGUGCUGCACCCAGACUAAGCUCCUGGACUGAGCCCACUCUGUUGCUAGUCGCUGCCUAACCCUCAGGUCACAUGCCAACUCUCGCAUUCAUGCCAAGGAUGUCCAGAUUUCUCAGCGUCCCAUUGGCCAUUGGAAGGUCACAUGACUCCCAGUGCCAGGCGCUGGUGCUCUGCUUUUAAGCUGCCGCGCACCAGUCAGGCAGGCACAGAGGGGUCGUCUCUAUGCCGAGUCUUGCCCAAUGCCCAUCCUUCAGCGGCGGGUCCACGUCACCCUCCACCCGGGCGCCCGCCCAUGCCUCUAACAUCACCUGCUGAGCCUGAGCUGGAACCAAAAAUGAACUGGGCGUCCUUUUAUGCCGUGCUCAGCGGUGUAAACAGGCAUUCCACGGGCAUCGGUCGCAUCUGGCUCUCCGUCCUCUUCAUCUUCCGCCUGCUGGUGCUGGUGGUGGCCGCCGAGAGCGUGUGGGGCGAUGAGAAGGCCCACUUCACCUGCAACACGCAGCAGCCCGGCUGCAACAGCGUCUGCUAUGACCACUUUUUCCCCAUCUCCCACAUCCGCCUGUGGGCACUGCAGCUCAUCCUGGUGUCCACUCCUGCCCUGCUGGUGGCCAUGCACAUCGCACACCGCCGCCACGUCGACAAGCGUCUGUACCGCCAGUCGGGCCGGUCCAGCCCCAAGGACCUUGAGCAGAUCAAGAACCAGAAGAUGAAGAUCACCGGCGCCCUGUGGUGGACCUACAUCAUCAGUCUCCUCUUCCGUGUGCUAUUCGAGUCAGCCUUCAUGUAUCUGUUCUACAAGAUCUAUCCUGGUUACAAGAUGUUUCGGCUGGUCAAGUGUGAUUCCUACCCCUGUCCCAACACAGUGGACUGCUUUGUCUCUCGGCCGACCGAGAAGACGGUCUUCACAGUCUUCAUGCUGGCCGUCUCUGGCAUCUGCAUCCUACUCAACAUUGCCGAGGUGGGCUACCUGGUGGCACGGGCCAGCAACCGGCAUCUUAAUGCUAAAGACUCUCCUAUUGGAGCCUGGAUCACACAGAAACUGUGUUCCUUUUAACAUGCCUCCUUAGAUUUGCUUUAGGCACUAAAGUGGAUCAAGUGCAUUAAGGUUAAUAGGAUCACUUUGUGACAGUUGUAAUCUGGGUCUAUCGACAACCACUUAGCUCCGAGCUAGUGUUAUUUCUUCCAAGGUGCUUACCAUCGUACCAGCACACAUGCAAAUGCAUCUGUAUAGGACUACAUCUGUAAAAUGGAUGCCCCCUUUUGAACUGGUGUGGGUGUGGCAGGUGAAAAGGAAACAUUGAUCCACCCGUCCAUCCACUCAUCCAUCAUUGUAAAUGUUUUAAUGUCAAAUUAAUGGAAAGAUAUGUCAGAUUAGGAUGUGUGUUGUAACAUGUCAAGCCUAACUUGCGUACCAUUCUACAUACUGGGUAAAUAAUUUGUUGUUUACUGCUAGAGUAUUAAACUAUAACUUUAAUGAUGUAUAAUAUUUGUGAGGUAAUGCACUGCAUAUUGUCAUAUAAAUAGAGGCAGUCUGUAAUACUACAUGCUUUGUACUGUUGAUUAAAAGUCAUUCAGCACGGGGAUUGUACUGUCAAUUAUAGUUUUUUUUCCAAUUUAUGCAAAUAUACCUCCAGUUUUAUUUAAUCAUUUAAAAUAAAAUGAAAUUGGUGCUUUA